AUGAACUACCCGUGGAGCCGCGACGUGGCCUUUGCGCUGCGUAAGAAGUUCAAACUGCGCGAGUUCCGCUCGAACCAGCUCGAGGCGAUCAACGCGACGCUUGGCGGAGGGGACGUGUUCUGCCUGAUGCCGACUGGCGGUGGCAAGAGCCUGUGCUACCAGCUGCCGGCGCUCGUCGACUCGGGCAAGACGUCCGGCGUGACGAUCGUCAUCUCGCCGCUCAUCUCGCUGAUCCAGGAUCAGGUCAAACACCUCAUCGACCUCUCGAUUCCCGCCUGCGCGCUCACGGGCGAUCAGACGCAGUCGCAGCGCGAGUUUGUGCUCGGCGAGCUUUUCAAGCGCGAUGAGCAGCUGGUCACGCGCCUCAUCUACGUGACGCCUGAGCUCAUCGCCAAGUCGCGCCAGGCCCACGAUGUCUUCACCGACCUGUACCGCCGCAAGAAGCUCGCACGCUUCGUCGUCGAUGAGGCGCACUGUGUCAGCCAGUGGGGCCAUGACUUCCGCCCCGACUACCAGGGCCUCGGCUCGCUGCGCCGCGAUUUUCCGAAGGUCCCCUUCAUGGCCAUGACGGCGACGGCGACGGAGCGCGUCAAGGAGGACAUCGUGGCGAACCUCGGCAUCAAGGGCUGCAAGACGCUCGAGCAGUCGUUCAACCGGCCCAACCUGCACUACCACGUGCGCGACAAGAAGGCCGGCCUGCUCGCCGACAUCUCGUCGUUCAUCAACUCGUCGCACCGCGGCGAGUGCGGCAUCGUGUACUGCAUGAGCCGCAAGGCGUGCGAGGACGUGGCCGACCAGCUUACCAAGAAGCACGGCGUCGAGGCGCAGCCCUACCACGCCGGCAUGAACAAGAACGACCGCAUCCGCAUCCAGGAGCGCUGGCAGGCGGGCCACUUCAAGGUCAUCUGCGCCACGAUUGCGUUUGGCAUGGGCAUCGACAAGGCCGACGUGCGCUUCGUGGUGCACCACACGCUGCCAAAGUCGCUCGAGGGCCUGUACCAGGAGACGGGCCGCGCCGGGCGCGACGGCAAGAGCUCGACGUGUGUGCUCUACUUUGCCUUCAAGGACACGUCGUGGUACAAGAAGAUGAUCGACGAGGGCCCGGGCUCGUACCAGCAGAAGGAGCAGCAGCACGCCAACCUGCGCCAGGUCGUGGCGUACUGCAUGAACAAGAUCGACUGCCGCCGCUCGCAGGUGCUGCAGUACUUCGGCGAGGUCUUUCCUGCCGAGAACUGCCACCACACGUGCGACAACUGCACUGAGAACGGCCCCGGUCGCGGUGCGGCAGGCGGCUCGACGCUCGUGCCGACCGACGUGACGCUGCUGGCCAAGGCGGCCGUGGAGCUGGUGCAGGACAUCGUCAAGGGCCGCAACAGCGGCACGCUGCUGCACUGUGCCGACGUCUUUCGCGGCACGACGAAGAAGGCCAUUGCCGACCGCGGCCACGACCGCCUGCGCCACUACGCCGCCGGCUCGAAGCUCAAGGGCGGCGACUGCCAGCGCCUCUUCCAGCGCCUCGUGCUGGAUGGCUACUUGAGCGAGAAGGCCGUCAUGAACGGUAGCGGCUUUGCCACCAACUACAUGGAGGUGAGUGCGCGUUCUCGGAGCUGGUCUCUUGCGAUCGCCUGCUCAUCGGUCGCGACAGCUGGGCCCCAACGCCAAUGCACUGCUGCGCGGCACCGCCAAGGUCGAGCUGCCCGUCGAGACCAAGGCUGCGCGCUCAGUCGCCGGUCCGUCGGCGCCAGUGGCGCGACGCAAGGGCAAGGCGCCGCAGCGCAUGGACGAGCAGGAGUUCCAGUACGCGCCCGACGAGUUUGA